AUGAGUUUUAGCGGCUGGAAGAAAUACAUUGAGGUGGGCGAUCUGGUCAUCGUCUACAUGACAAAAGACAACAUGACCCCGAUCGUAAUUACAGAAGACGGAGACCUCAACAACCGCUUUGGUAUGAUCUCCAAUAACUACAAAGGUUUUAUUUAUCUGCUCCACCCUACACCUGAACUGUGGACCCUUGUGCUCCCUCAUCGCACCCAGAUUCUUUACAUUGCAGACAUUUCAUUCAUCACUACCUACCUUGACAUGAAGCCAGGAGCACGUGUCAUUGAAUCUGGUACUGGUAGUGGAUCUUUCUCACAUUCAAUUGCAAGAACUAUCGCACCAACUGGAAAGCUUUUCUCAUUCGAAUACCAUCUUGAGAGAGCAACACUUGCAAAACAAGAGUUCCAAGACCAUGGCUUGGGAGAUAUGAUACAGCUCGAACAUCGUGAUGUGUGCAAGAAUGGAUUUGGACUUGUAGAUACCGUCAAUGCAGUAUUCCUUGAUUUGCCAGCACCUUGGGAAGCCAUUGAGUCUGCAAAGGCUGCUUUUAAACAACAUCGCACAGGAAAAAUCUGUACUUUUAGUCCAUGUAUUGAACAGGUCGCACGAACUGUCACAGCACUAAACGAUCAUGAGUUUGUUGAAAUCACCAUGUACGAAUGUCUGAUACGAAGCCAUGGUGUGAUACCUUUGCACAAAAUUGACUUUUCCGAAGCCUUGGAAGAAGCAAAGUUGAAUGCGUUAGCCGGUGUAACCAACACACGGAAACGAAAGCUGCUCGAGGGAGUUGAGGAAGAGACAGAUGCAGAUGGACUGUCAACUGCAGUAGAGACUUUACUUGUGAGCAAGACACCGGAGGAAGCUAGAGGUCACACAAGUUAUUUGACUUUUGCUACAUUUUUGCCUGCUAUUCAGGAAAGUGUAGAAAUGCCAUUAGUAACAAAAGAAACAGUAGUAGAGGUCAUUAAGGAAGUUGAGGCAACAAAGUAA